UCGGCGAUGUUUUAUUUCCACUGCCCGCCGCAGCUGGAGGGCUCUGCGCCCUUUGGCAACCACUCCACAGGGGACUUUGAUGAUGGCUUCCUGCGCAGAAAACAACGCCGGAACCGGACGACCUUCACCCUCCAGCAGCUGGAAGCCCUGGAGGCCGUCUUUGCCCAAACACAUUACCCAGAUGUCUUCACCAGGGAAGAGCUGGCCAUGAAAAUAAACCUAACAGAAGCCAGAGUGCAGGUUUGGUUCCAGAACCGAAGAGCUAAAUGGAGGAAAACAGAAAGAGGAGCUUCAGAGCAGGAACCAGGGACCAAGGAGCCCAUGGCCGAGGUGACGCCACCACCUGCGAGGAACAUCAACUCACCGCCACCCACGGAUCAGGCACGGAGCAAGAAGGAGGCACUGGAGGCCCCACAGAGCCUGGGGCGAGCCGUGGGACCUGCAGGACCAUUUUUCCCAUCCUGCCUGCCGGGUACGCUGCUCAACACCGCCACCUAUGCCCAGGCCCUGUCCCACGUGGCCUCCCUGAAAGGUGGCCCGCUGUGUUCCUGCUGUGUUCCAGACCCCAUGGGACUCUCCUUCCUGCCCACCUACGGCUGCCAGAGCAACCGCACAGCCAGUGUGGCAGCCCUGCGCAUGAAGGCCCGUGAGCACUCGGAGGCCGUGCUGCAGUCAGCCAACCUCCUGCCGCCUGCCAGCAGUAGCCCCGGCCCUGCCACCAAGCCUGCUCCCCCAGAUGGUGGCCAGGACAAGACAACACCCACCAAGGACCAGAGUGAGGGUGAGCCGGGUGUAUGA